GGUUUGGCUGAUACUGAUUGGGGAAAUGAGGGUGGGUGGUUCUUGUUGGGGAAAGAAAAAAAACAGCAAUUGCAAAUACCCUUUGCAGACCUGUAAAAUGCACAAUAAAUAAAAAACGGCAUGCACGAGUCUGUGGAUGAUCGGAUGAGCGAGUUUUAGAUCGACGAGAACGAGGGCAACCCGUAUUUUUGGUUUGCAUUUUUUGCCUUUUUGCUGCUGUCGUUGCUUUGGGGGUUGGACCGCCCUUCCUCACAAACCUGCCAGUCAUCAGAGAGAGGAACCUGAUUAUCCCGGCCGGAGGAGCUACGCCACAGCCCAGCAGCAGCCAUUCGUGGAAAAUAGGCCGUCCUUCUCUGAGCUUCAGCCAGCCUCUGAAUCCACACCGUCCGGCCUUUUUUUCUUAAACUACUCCUCUCUGUAUUUUUAUUAAUGCGGGAUGAGUGAUCGGAAGAAAGAAACGAUGGCGACGGAUGGAGGCAAAUCUGGCAGUGAAUACAGUAAUAAAGGCAAAACUUCUGGAUCGCAGGACUCUCAGCCCUCUCCUCUGGCCUUGCUCGCAGCCACCUGCAGCAAAAUAGGAGGGACCCCAGGCGAGGGCCAAGGGGGUGGUCAACAGCAGCAGAUAAUUAUUGACCCGAGCCAAGGCCUGGUGCAGCUACAGAAUCCGCCACAGCAGCUGGAGCUGGUGACGACGCAGCUGGCUGGAAACGCCUGGCAGAUUGUUGCCGCCGCCCCUACAGUGUCGAAAGACGGGAUCGCGCACUCGGGGGUUGCCGUGGCCCCUGGCUCAGUAGUGAGCAGCAAUGAGAGUUCUACGGCCAGCAAGAAUAAAGCUGCCCCCGCCGGCACCACCUCCAGUCAUACAGCGGCCGGUCUGCAGCAACAGUUUCAAGUCAUCCAGGUGCAGAAUAUGCAGAACCCCGCGGGGGGCAUCCAGUAUCAAGUGAUUCCACAGAUCCAAACAGUUGAGGGCCAACAAAUCCAAAUUAGCUCGGCGAACGUGCAGCACGACCAGAUCCAGCUCAUACCCGCCGGUAACAACCAAGCCAUCCUCGCCACUCCAAGCAGGACGUCCCCCGCCAACAUCGUGACCCAGAACCAAGCGAUCCCUCUGCAGAUCAGGCCUGGCAUGUCUUUCCCAUUGCAGCUGCAGGCACUCCCUGGCGCUCAAACUCAAGUGGUGACCACCUUACCCAUUAACAUAGGCGGAGUCACUCUGGCAUUGCCCGUGAUAAACAAUGUGGCUGCAGGAGGAGGGUCUGUCCAGCUCGUCCAGCCCUCCGACGGUGGGGUCUCCAACGGGAAUCCCUUAGUUUCCACGCCUAUCUCCACAGCUGUCAGCAGUGCCAUGCAGGAAUCUCCCUCCUCCUCCUCCACCUGCACUUCAACUACUACAACCACCGCCACCUCUCUGUCCAGCAGUGACAACUUGGUAGUGAGCUCUUCCGAGGCGAGCUCAUACACAGGGGCGUCAGCCCCCACGGACACUGCCGGCGAGCAGGAAUCGCAGGCACCUCCGGCCACGGACACCGCGGACAGUCAGAGUUCAAACCAGCUGCAGGCCAAUGGUCUGUCCGAUCAGCCGGGUCAAAUACAGCAGGUGCAGAUUGUGGGGCAACCUGUUUUGCAACAGAUUCAGAUCCACCAGCCACAGCAGCAGCUCCUACAGGGUCUCACCCAACAGGCCAUCCAGCUGCAGCCGGGACAGGCUCUCCAAGCAAUCCAGCCGAACGUGCAGCUGCAAGCGGUACAGAGUCCCACCCAGGUGCUCAUCCGGGCCCCGACAUUGACGCCUUCUGGGCAGAUUAGUUGGCAGACGGUGCAGGUGCAGAACAUUCAGGGUCUCUCCAACGUACAAGUACAGAAUACAGGGGUCCCCCAGCAGCUUACGCUGACACCGGUGACUUCAAAUGCGACCGGAGGCACUUUCGCCCAGAUCGCACCACUUACUGUUACUGGGACGCCGAUUACUUUGAACGCGGCACAACUUGCCUCAGUGCCAAACAUUCAGACGGUGAACAUCGGAAACCUUGGCGCCGCUGGGGUACAGGUACAAGGAUUACCUCUUACCAUCACCGGGGUGGCAGGUCAGCAGCAGAAUCAGGAUGGAUUAAAAUCUUCUCCAGUUGCAGUAGCAGUGGGGAAUAUUGCAAAUGCUGCUCUCACUGCCGUUAGUUCUGACCAAAUUACCCAAGUGCAGAUUCAGCAAACGCAACAAGUUUCAGACCAAGAGGGUCAGCCAGGUAAAAGGCUAAGAAGAGUUGCUUGUUCCUGUCCUAACUGCCGAGAUGGGGAAGGAAGAAAUAGUAAUGAACCAGGAAAAAAGAAGCAACACAUUUGCCACAUAGAGGGAUGUGGGAAAGUGUAUGGAAAGACCUCUCAUUUACGAGCUCACUUGCGUUGGCACACUGGGGAAAGGCCAUUUGUGUGCAACUGGAUCUUUUGUGGUAAGAGGUUUACAAGAAGUGAUGAGCUGCAAAGACAUCGGAGGACACAUACAGGUGAGAAACGAUUUGAAUGUCCAGAAUGUUCAAAGCGAUUCAUGAGAAGCGACCAUCUUUCCAAGCACAUCAAAACGCACCAGAAUAAAAAAAGUGGAGCAGCCAUAGCUAUUGUCACAACAGAAGACAUGGAAGCUAGUGUCAAUGAAGUUCUGGGAUCACCACGGAUUGUCACUGUGUCAUCACUGUCCCAGGAUUCCAACCCAGCAACUCCAAACACCUCAAAUAACAUGGAAGACUUCUAAAGAGUAUUUUCUAUCCCUGGGCACGAUUUUGCACUUAAGGUUGCAUACCUUUCAAGAUAUGAAAGUGGACUGAAAAUAAUAAAUAAUGAUGCAGAUCAAAACAUGUUUUAUAUUAAGGUUUAAAGCUGAGUAUAUGUAUGAUAAAAGAGAAUUAAGUAAAAAGUAUCAUGUUACUAGUUAAACAAGCACAAUGAUUUAAGGAAAAAUCAUGUAAAUGAAAAGUGUAUUUCACUUUAAAAUGUUACCUUUUGGUGUAAUACAAAGUCUCCUAUGUUCUCAAGAGAAUGAUUGCCAUUUUGCACCUAUUUGGUUAACUAAAAGUUUAGUUUUAAUAUAUUGGUGCGUCUUAUACAAUGGACCUCACUCACAGGACUGAAAUAUUUUUCAGAAUGUAUUUCAUUAGUUUGAAGACAUGUACAGGAUGUAUAAAAGGCUCCUGUGUUUUUUUUUUCCUGUUAACAAUUGACAGUCUGUUUGUUUAAAUAAAUUUAAAAAAUAAUAAUACUUGACACUAGUAUUUACAAAAAGCACACACAGAUUAAUUAGUUUUACAAAAUAGACAAAUUUUAUAUAAGCAAUCUUGGGUUUUGAAGAUUUUUUGUUACAUUUUACAUAAUACUUUUAAAAAGCUAUACUGUAAAGACAAUCUUUUGAAUGAAAUCAUGUUUACAUUAGUAUAAAAUCUAAGAUGGUUUCUUCUAUAUAAGUUAAAAUAUCUGGGGAAAUUUAUUGAUUAUUCACUCAUUUAAUUAAAAAAAAUUGUAAGGCUAAAAUAUAUGUUUUUGAUCUAUCAGCAGUUCUUAUCAUGGUUUAAAAUGUAUUGCCUUAAUAAAGUGAAGUUGUUCACCAUAAAGUAAAAAGGGUGCUUAAUCUGCCCAGGUGCAUUUCCCCUAUAAAACAUAAAUUGCCAAUGGUCAGUUAGCAUUGUGAGUCCACUACUGUGUCUUUAAAGGAAUGUAAAAUAGAGUGCUUGAGGUUUUGUUGAAUAAUGGCAUUCAGUUAUCCACAAGUAAAAGGGCACUAAUGUGCAAUAGUGUCUAAUAAAAUGUCAUUUUAAAAUCAUUCCUUUUUUAAGCCAUCAUUUUGCUUUACCUUAAAGAAGACUGGCAGAGUUACUAUAACUUACCAGUAAUAAUUCCUGUGGUAUAGAUGUUAGUGAGAGACUCCAUUUCAUUUUGGUUUCUAGUCAUAUUUUGCCAGCAGUAAAUGACAGUGUGUUUUGAUUUAUUCUUCAUCAUUCAUUUCUCAUUAUUUGCCUUUGAGAAAGAAAAGCUAAAGUGUGUAUCGUAAGCUACCUACCUAUUACAUUUCAGAAAAUUUAGGUACAGCAUGUUGUUUUUUUCUAUGUAUUUUAUUUAUAUAUAUAUAUAUAUAUAUAUAUAUAUAUAUAUAUAUAUAUAUAUAUAUAUAAUAUAAAAUAAAUUUUUGACAUUGAAAUAAUGUCGUUUUAUAAUAUUUGGAUCCUUUUUAAUACAUGCAACCAUAGCAUCAUUACGCUUUGAUCUACAGAAACAGUACAUAAAAGACUGAAAAGCUGUUGUAAACAGACUGACUGAUACCAAACUAAGAAAGUGUUUUCAGUAAUAUUUUACUUGACAGAUAAUUUUUCCUUAAUAUUUUCUAGCAGCAUCUCAUUUGUAAACCUUUUUCUAAAAAAAAAAAAAAAAUUGUUUUGGUCAUCAUGAAGUUUAAUAGAUUUUGCUAGACAAGUCUUAAAGACUUGAAUUUAUUGACAUUUUUAAAAUUACAAAUUUGUAUAAAAAGUGUUUUUGUGAAUGAAAAGAAAAAAUAUGUUAAAAGACUGUUGCCUGCAUUGAAUUUGCAAGUAACUUAAUAAAUCCCUUCUAAAUGGAAAUGA